AUGGAGUCUCCUAAACAACCACGUAAAAUCGAAUUAUAUACAAAAGAGUUUUAUUCCACAUGUACUUUAGGUGGUAUAAUUGCAUGUGGUCCAACACAUUCUUCGAUCACCCCACUAGAUCUUGUAAAAUGUAGAUUGCAGGUCAACCCUAAGCUGUAUACCUCUAAUUUGGAUGGGUUUCGUAAAAUCGUUGCCACUGAAGGCUGGAAAAAAGUGUACACUGGGGUCGGUGCCACAUUUAUCGGUUAUUCCUUACAAGGUGCAGGUAAGUACGGUGGUUAUGAGUACUUCAAGCAUUUAUAUUCCGGCUGGUUAACUCCAGGUGUUACUGUGUACUUAAUGGCCUCAGCGACCGCUGAGUUCCUUGCUGACAUAAUGCUGUGUCCAUUUGAAGCUAUAAAGGUCAAACAGCAAACCUCAAUGCCCCCCUUCUGCAACAAUGUAAUUGAUGGUUGGAAGAAAAUGUAUGCGGAAAGUGGGGGUAUGAAAUCGUUCUACAAGGGUAUUGUUCCUCUAUGGUGCAGACAGAUCCCAUACACGAUGUGUAAGUUUACUUCUUUUGAAAAAAUAGUCCAAAAAAUAUACAGUGUUUUACCAAAAAAGAAAGAAGAAAUGAGCCCAUUGGAGCAGAUAUCUGUCAGUUUUGUAGGUGGCUAUUUGGCCGGUAUAUUAUGUGCUGCCAUUUCGCAUCCAGCAGAUGUUAUGGUUUCUAAAAUAAAUAGCGAAAGAAAGGGUAAUGAAUCCAUGUCUGUCGCCUCAAAGAGAAUAUAUCAAAAGAUUGGAUUUGCCGGACUAUGGAACGGGUUGAUGGUGAGAAUUGUAAUGAUCGGUACCUUGACAAGUUUCCAAUGGCUGAUUUACGAUUCCUUCAAGGCUUACGUGGGCUUACCAACUACCGGUUAG